GAUUCGUUAACGUAAUUACCCACAAAGAGAACACACAACCAGUAUUUCUUUUACAAAUAUUUAGAAAUUAAUAUGAUUGCAGUAGCUCUCUGCUUAAUGGUUUGUCUUUGCAGAUGUACUUUGGCAACUCCUCUUGAUUAUUUGCAAGAAUGUUACACAGAUCUUGAUUCACAAUAUCCUGAAGUCGUCACAGGAACAUAUGAUGCCAAUAUCCAUAAACAAGAUUCCAACAGAUUUAAAAGAAAUGUAGUCGCUAAUACUAAUGGUCAAUGGCCCCAACCCAAAAUUCCAUACAAAAUCGCUCAAUAUUUCUCUGAACUUGACAAGAAAAAGUUUCUAACAGCAAUGAAAACCAUUGAGGACCUAACUCGUUACAACGGAAAAGAUUGUAUUACAUUCGUUAAUCAAACUAACGAGAAAAUUUAUAUUCAAUUUGUAAAUGCAACUGGGUGA